AUGCUUCGUACUUCUAUUAAUUUGAUGCGGACGUCUUUGCGUGGCUUGGCUAUUUCUCCUCGCAGCUCCGCCAUCCCUCUGGUGAUUGAAAAUGACGGAAAGGGCGAACGCGCAUAUGAUAUCUAUUCGCGACUGUUGAAAGACCGCAUUAUAUGCGUUAUGACGCAGAUUGAUGACUACUCGGCAUCAGCAAUCAUUGCCCAGCUACUCUUCCUGGAAAUGGAAAGCCAGAAAAGGCCAAUUCACAUGUACAUUAACUCGCCAGGCGGCGUUGUAACCGCAGGGCUCGGUAUUUACGACACGAUGCAGUAUAUCAAGGCUCCGGUUCAUACCUGGUGCAUCGGACAAGCGGCGAGCAUGGGAAGUUUGCUUUUGGCGGCUGGGGAGCCCGGCAAUCGGACAUCGCUGCCAAACGCGAGGAUUAUGGUUCAUCAGCCAAGCGGAGGUGCACAGGGUCAAGCCUCGGACAUCUUGAUCCGUGCCGAAGAGAUCAUCCGGAUCAAGAAGCGUCUCAAUGAGAUCUACAAUCAUCACACCAAGCAGUCCCUCGAAGUGAUUGAGAGGACUUUGGACCGAGAUCGUUUCAUGUCUGCCCAGGAAGCCCUUGACUUCGGGAUUGUGGAUCGCGUAGAGACGCACCCUGGAAGCUGCCCUCUCGCCGUCAAUUGC